AUGUUGAACGCAAUUCACGAUCAUCUUCUAAAACUAAAUUGCAAACGCGAUCGAACUUUAUGGUGUGAAAAUAUUGGCGUGAUUGCAGAUGAAAUCAAUUAUGAAACAAAGUUUGCACUUAACGGAUUAGAAAGUAUUGAAAAAAGUGAUGUAGAAGAAUUAACUUUCUCUUGGUGCAGAAAAGGAUUUGAUCAAAGUUUAGAAGAAUUCAUCAACGUGACAAGUUUGCAGUUCUCGAAAUCAGUUUUAGAGAAUUUAAAUUCUAAAAUCUUUCAAAGUUUAAAUCAACUUGAGAAACUUAUGUUAAAUCGAAACAGUAUAAAAACAGUGUCACCGUUCCCAAGACUCAUGAACUUAAAGAAAUUAUUUCUUGCAUACAAUGAAAUCGAAAUGAUAACGAGAGAGACAUUCGUGAACCUUCCAGCUGUUAUUUUACUUACACUCGAACAAAACAAAAUCUUUUACAUUGAUUUCGAAGCUUUCGUUGAGAAUAAGCAUCUUGAAGAAUUGAACUUAAAUCGGAAUAUGUUAAAUUGGCUUCAUCCUGAAAUUUUCACUCAUAACAGAAUGUUGAAAGAAAUUUCAUUAAAUUACAAUCUUUUCGAAACGAUUCCAGAAAAUAUUUUCAGUGAAAUUGAAAAUUUGAAAGUUUUACGACUUCAUGGAAAUCUUUUGACGACUCUUUCAAAAGAUGUUUUCAGACAAAAUAAGAAACUUCAAUGGCUUGAACUUGGCGAUAAUCGACUAAAGUUUAUCAACACAAACACUUUCUAUAAUCUAAGCAAUCUUCAACUUAUUGACUUAUCAAGAAACGAGUGCAUGGAUGAAAUUUUUCCAACAGAAAUGGAUUUCUUUCAUCUACUUCAACUCAUCAAGAGAAAUUGUCAUUACUUAGCUUCUGUUUACUUUGGUUUUCUAUAA